GCCUUCAUUAAUCCUACAUAUGUACCAGCAUUGCAUAUUCCUACCUGACAGCCAUUAUUUCCUUCAGGCCGCCGACGCAAAAACGUAAUUUCAACAUCUAAAAAAAAAAAGAAAAAUCUUGUAAUGGCUGAGUCCCAAAAGGUGGGGAGGAGAGGCGAUGGGCGGAGCGUGACCGUGCUUGCUAUAAAAGGCAGCGGCUGAGGGAGCCAAGCACUGUCUUCAGCUCUUUUCUCCCUUGCCUGCUCCGCUCGGACCUUCACUCUUGGCUUUCCGUAGCAUUCCUUCAAUAAAUUUCCUUGCUUUUGUUAUGAAUCUCCUUUUUUUCUGUGCUUUUUUGGGCAUUGCUGCUGCCCAAAUCAUUCCUGCCGUUUACUAUGGCGCCCCGACCGGCCAGAAUAACAUUUUUGGGAAUGAAGCGCCAAAUACUGAUGUCGGGGCCCAAGGAAACGGCUUCGGAGCUCCUCCAAGCAAGGAUAACGGUAACAGCUUCCGAAGCAACGGUAAUGGACUAGGAGGCAACGGCUUCGGAGGAAACGGUAACGGCUUUGGUGCCCCUGUCCCUAGCAACGGGUAUGCGCCCCCCAGCACCUAUGGACUCCCCAACGGCGGAUACGGAGUAGACCCUGAGAUUGCCGCUUUGGCCGAGAACAUUCCCGGGGGCGGCGUCCCCGGCGAGGACUACCCCAUCUUGGCUUCCGUGCCCGACACCGGCUUCUCGUGCGAUGCCCAGGCGGUGCAAGGUUAUUACGCCGACACUGCGCCUGAAGCCGGUUGCCAGGUGUUCCAUAUCUGCCAGGACCGUGCCCUCAGGCGCCAACAGGACUCGUUCCUGUGCCCCAACGGUACCAUCUUCAACCAGCAGUACCUGGUAUGUGACUGGUGGUUCAACGUGGACUGUUCUCAAGCUGAGAGCUUCUACUCCGUCAACGAACUCAUCGGAGUCGUUCCCGACGCCGGUUAUGCUUAUGCUGCCGCCACUAACGGCAUCCUCAACGGAAACGGAUAUGGAGCCAACGGCAACGGAGCCAACGGAAACGGAAGAAACGGAGCUAAUGGAUACGCUUCCAAUGGCAACGGAAGGAAUGGCAACGGAGCCACCAAUGGAAACGGAUAUGGCUCAAACGGCAACGGCGUCGGUGCUAAUGGCUUCAAUGGCAAUGGCAGGAACGGCUAUGCUGCUAAUGGCAACGGCAACGGAGUCUCCAAUGGCAAUGGCAGGAACGGCUAUGCUUCUAAUGGCAACGGAGCGAACGGUGUCAAUGGAAAUGGUUUCAACGGCAAUGGAUAUAGAUCAAAUGGCAACGGCAACGGAAGGAAUGGCAAUGGAAAUGGUAACAGGUACAAUGGCAAUGGUCUCCGAACAAAUGGAAAUGGAAGGAACGGCAACGGUAAUGGAAGCGGAUAUAAUGGUAACGGAAAUGGCAAUGGAAGAAGGGCCUUCAACGGAAAUGGCAACGGAUACAACGGUAAUGGCUUCAAUGGCAUUGCAAACGGCAACGGAGCUCCUGCCUCUCCGUCUGCCUCCUACGGCGCUCCCUUCUAAACGGACCCUCAUUCGCUUCUUAAACUGGCUUUCCUUAGUAAACGCAUGUAUAUUUCAGCGCUUGAUAGAGAAUCUUUAU